AUGCCUCCGCCGCCGCCGCUGCCGUCCGGCGCGGUUCAGGCCUCCGCGGGCGAGUUCGAGUCCGUGGCCGAGUCCGAGUCCGAGUCCGGCGGCGCUGGCGUCUGGCAGUCACUGUCGGCCACCGCCACGGUACUCAUCAGCCUCACCGACGUGAACGAUAAUGCUCCGGUCUUCCGCCAGCCGAACGCGUCUGCGGCUCCCGCCGUCAUUCGGGUAUCGCAACGUGAAACCGUCGGGCAACAGCUGAUGCGUGUCGAGGCCUGGGACCUGGACGAGGGCGAGAACGCCCGUCUGACGUACCGAAUCCGCGUUGAGGUACCGACGCCGCCCGACGGACCCGGAAUGGGCUUGUUCGCCAUCGAUGAAACGAGCGGUGCCAUCUUCCUUGCCAGGUGGGUUAGAAGAAGCUUGAUUGACAAAGUUUAA